AUGGAGCAAACUUGAGACUCUUACAUCAAUUCCUUAAAUCAGAACUCCUUGCCCAGACGAGUUGAGUGGAGUCAGUUAGGAAAUGCUGAAGCAAGAGAGCCAAUAGGGUCGAAGGAGAGGUCAUGGAAGCAGGUGAAGAAGGAGGCAGGCAGAACCACAGAACUGGAGAGCUUCUGUGUGGGCGUCAAAGCUCGGAGCACAGGUGCAGUGACUCUCACCUGCAUCUCCACAGUGGAGGAGACUCUGCUGGGAGAAACUAAUGAGAUGGAGAGCUCUCUGGGAGGGGAACCUGCUGGCCCUCUGCCUAAUGCACCGUGCCUGGGACCUCUGAGAGCGGCACCUCCCGGAUUGCCCACGUGCCUGGCUGCAGCAGGACAUGCUUAUGUGUCUGUCGGUGGCGAUGGAGCGUACUUCCAACUGAUUGCAGAUCCGGUUUCUUUCGAAACUGUGGCUGACUUAGUUCUGUCCCUUCUCUUUCUCGAGAGUCCCGUGACCCACGGAAGUCCUCUGAACUUCCAGAACUUAGUCUCCAUGGAUGAUUUGCCCACGAUGCUUGGGGAAGGAGAAACACUGUCCUUAGUUGGCCUUGAUGAGAGUCAGGGGAGGAGGCUUCCCUUCCAGGAAUGCCAGGAUGACCAGCUCUACUCCAUGGACACCAUGGUGAGGUGGAAACACAGGGUUAGGGUGGAGGCGGACCUAAAGCUCCUCAGCCCCCUGGCUCCAGAGCACGUUAGUGGCCAUCUAGUUUUGCACCCUUACUUCUGAGUGGUGACGCAUCUGUCAGGUGAGCAAAGCAAAAUAGUCAGCAUCCCCUCCGAUUUGGACAUGAGUAUCACUGAGAUUAGCUGCUUAGAUCGAAAGCCCUUCGCGGUGACAACAAUGCGACAGAUACACAGUACGGAAAAAGACAAGUUCCCACUGAGAGUUAAAAUAAUGAGCGUGGUCCUGUCGGAGAACAGAGCCUACCCAGAGCCUUUGAAGUGUGGGCAGCUCUUAACCAUCCUUGGGACUGAAGAAGUGAAAGCAUUCGUUGCCACGGAGAGCUCCCAAGGAAACAAAGGGAGGUGUUUUCUCGUCCCAAACACCUAUGAGGGCCUGGUACUUAGAAGUCGCUGUUUUUAUGCUGCCUCUGAUGUUGCCGCGGCCAUGCCACAUGGGCAGCUCUGCUUCCAGUCCUCCAGGGCCUAUACCUCCCGCCUGGAGCCUUUUGCACCUCUCACAGCCAGUGAGUGCUUCCUGGCUCUGAAGAAGAGCAUGGUGUCGCUACACAGGGUGCAAGUCCUCAAGUGCCUUAAUAUUGCCACCAAAGCCCACGUCCAACUGCCUUUGUUUGCAGGAGAGCUCCUAGAGCCAUUUGGUGAGGCUGGACCAGGGGCCCUGCAGGAGCUGUGCCAAGUCACAAGACUGCCAUGCCACGUCAGAGUGGUCAGCCCAGAUCCUUCCAUGGCUAGAGACCCUCUGUGUGGAACUGGUGGGCUGAGGCUUGAAAAUAUCGUCAUUGAACAAUGCCUCAUAGUCGAGGAUGAAGCUUCUUCACUGGAGAACAUAGAGUCUGCGGAGGACAUGUAUGGAGGCUGGCCUGAGGCCACGUUUGAAAUCCCAACUGAGAGGUCAGGCCAUGAGGUCUUGGUGGUGGAAGAGUGCUGGUGGGUGGCUGAUGUGAGAAAAGAGAGCUGCACGUCGUUCCAGAACAUCCAGGACAUCACUGAAGAGUCUCUGGCCUUUAGUAAUUGCUUGGUCAUUCCUUGUCCGCCACCACCUUUUCCAAAGCCCAGAAAGUUUGUCUUAAAGCAGAAAAAGCGACUAUUAUCCCUCGUCUACAGGACACAGUGUCCACACACUCAGGAACUGAGUAUUUGGGGUUCACUGGAGCCCGAACGUAGCCCCCAGAGGUGGGAGCGCAGACGAAAUCACAGGUUGUUGGCACCCUUGCACAUUUGCUGUAAGUCACGUCAGCACUCCGCUGCUGUGACAAAUACCUGA